GUCUUGGUCUGGGAGCAAGAAAGUGGUAAAAAUCCAUUUCUAAGAGAAGAGAGAUGAUUUCAUCUACGCUCCGCUAAUUGCCAACAUGUCAAUAUCGACCAUGGAGUUGGAGCCCCCAUUUUUAUUUCUUUCCAUCACACAAACAAAUACCAACUCUCCGACCUACUGAUAUCAAGGCUCCGGCGAAGUCUAAUUUCCCCAUCUCCAUGGCCAUCGCCGGUGCUUUCUUGUUCUCCGCUUCCUCCUCCUCCUUCUCCUCCACCUUUGUCGUCGGACGAUCUAGAUUCCCUGAUUCCGCUCCCAAAAUCUUCCUCUUCCGCCCCGCCCAAAUUGGAACUGAUUUUUCCUCGAUUCGCGACGGCGUCACUCGAUGCCCUAUCGCCUUCGCCCGUAAACAGAACAUGGUGUGUGCUGCCAUAGAUGACGUGGAUUCAAGGGGUGCAACAUCAUUGAAGUCUGUGCAGGAUGGAGAUUACGUUCCAAUGCCUAUCGUUAUGAUUGAUCAGGAUUCAGAUCCUGAAGCAACUAUUGUGCAAGUUAGCUUCGGAGAUCGCCUUGGAGCUUUAAUUGACACGAUGAAAGCUCUAAAGGAUUUAGGCUUGGAUGUGGCAAAGGGAACUGUUACCACUGAGGGGUCGGCAAAGCAAACAAAAUUCUUUAUUACAAGAUUAUCAACUGGGCGCAAAGUUGAAGAUCCUGAUCUUUUGGAGAGAAUUCGAUUAACCAUUAUCAACAAUCUUCUGAAGUAUCAUCCAGAGUCUAGUGAACAGCUUGCAAUGGGAGAGGCUUUUGGAAUAAAAGCUCCGGAAAAGAAGCUUGACGUAGAUAUUGCAACUCAUAUACACGUCAAGGAUGAUGGACCUAAGAGGAGCCUGCUCUAUAUCGAGACAGCUGAUCGACCUGGAUUAAUAUUAGAAAUUGUCAAAAUCAUGGCUGAUAUCAAUGUCAACGUGGAAUCUGCAGAGAUUGAUACAGAAGGCUUGGUAGCAAAGGAUAAGUUCCAUGUCAGCUACAGAGGGGCGGCAUUGAACAGUUCCCUGUCUCAGGUGUUGAUAAAUUGCCUGCGCUACUACCUGCGGAGGCCGGAGACAGAUGAAGAUAGUUACUAAUUAAAGGAAGCAGUUUGAUGCAUGCAGCAUGGUGUGUAUCUCACUUGUUCCAUUUUCUUCUUCUAAUAUGCCCUCAAAAUCAAAAUCCCUAUAAUUGAUAAAUCAGGUUAAUGACAUUACCUCAUGGAUCUUGCUGCAGCACUUAGAUGUAUGUAUGGUAUAACAUAACAUAAGACAUCAGCUUUCACACAAUUUCUCAAUAAUUUAAGUGAAAAAGUAGGUUUCAAAUGCA